AGAAAUUUCAAACUGGGCGGCGGGUAGUUGAAAAAAAAAAACCCCAACACAACAAAGGUUCAUUGUCGAGAAUUCAACCAGAAGUGUAAGAAAAUGACGAGCACAUUGAAAGGAAUUACUCUGAAAGGAAGCGCGGAGCUAGUGGCCGAGUUCUUCUCGUUUGGCAUCAACAGCAUCCUGUACCAGCGGGGCAUCUAUCCUCCAGAGACAUUCACCAGAGUCACCCACUAUGACAUGAGCCUUCAACUUACCACUGAUCCCAAACUGAAGAACUACCUGACGAACGUGGUGUCUCAGCUCAAAGAGUGGCUGUUUGAGUGCACCGUGCAGAAGCUAGUGUUGGUGAUCACAUGUUUGGAAACCAAUGAGGUGCUGGAGAGAUGGCAGUUUGACAUCGAGUGUGACAAGUCAGCCAAGGAGAGCAGUGCUCCCCGAGAGAAGUCCAUUAAGACCAUUCAGGAUGAGAUCCGCUCUGUUAUCAGACAGAUCACAGCCACAGUGACUUUCCUGCCGCUGCUGGAGACGCCUUGUGCAUUUGACCUCCUGGUCUACACAGACAAAGACCUGGUGGUUCCUGAAAAGUGGGAAGAGUCUGGGCCGCAGAUCAUCGACCAAUCAGAGGAGGUGCGUUUACGCUCCUUCACCACCUCCAUCCACAAGGUGAACAGCAUGGUGGCGUACAAGAGGACUGAUUCAGUUUAAAUCCCUAAACCGUGGUCCCCCCCUCCACCUCGUGAGCUGUAUAUAGCACCUGCCGCUGAUAGAAAACAGUAGAUUUUACACUGCCCCGUCCUACCUCACUGUCUGCGUCUGUUCAGUACUCUGUAAACUGAGGACCUGUGUUCUCCUGCCUGUUUUCUGAACUUCUUUUUGAGAAGGUGUUGGCAACCUGAUCUACACUGAUGUAAAUAUUUCUCAUAAGAAGUGAUUUGUCUGUUAGGAACCGUCUCUUUUCUUUAUUAUUGUUUCCCCUUUCUCUCAAGUUGUCAACCUCUGUUUUAGAAGUUAGUGGUUUAUAUGAGAAACUUUUAUAAAAUAUCAUAAAUAAAUGUCGUUCACAAAGA